UUUAAAAAUUAUUCAUAUACAUAUUGUAUAGAUCUAGUUUUAGUUAAUUAGAAGAGAGAACAAUGUUUCUGUAUAAAAUUAACUUCAAAGGACUUUAAGUGAUUUUUUAACUGUUGGUUUGCAUUGUCUUAUUGCUUUUAUAGAAAAAACAAAUAUUUUAAGGGUUUUUCUUCUUUGAUUCGAGAUGAUGAUGGCUGAAGUUAAAGCUUUGGAACAUCCCACUCUUAAAGUUCCGUAUGAAGUGUUGAAUAAAAAGUUUCGGACUGCUCAAAAAACAAUAGAUAGAGAGGUUUCCCACGUUCAAAGUGCCGCUGCUGAGUUAGAAAAAGGCUUAACCAAAAAAUCCCCCAAUGUUCAAGAAAUCAAUGUUUUACUCGGAGGUGUUGUUGAAAAGUUGAAUAUCUUAAAGCGGAAGCUUGUCAACAGUCAAACGGAAGGUAGUAUAAGCGAAGAGCUUGAAGCAGCUUCAGUCUGUAAACGUAGAUUGGAUCAUCUGAAACAGCAUGGCAGUUCUCAAGAUUCAGCUGUUGCCCAGUGGAAAAAGAAGCGACUAGAUCGAAUGUUGGUGGAUCACUUUUUGAGAUGUGGCUAUUAUAAUACCGCCCUGAAGCUGGCUAAGCACUCUAACAUCGAAGAUUUGACAAACAUCAAUCUGUUUUUGAUAUCUAAAGAUGUAGAAGAAUCUCUACUCAGACACGAAACAGCAAACUGCUUGAAUUGGUGUUACGACAACAAAUCCAAGUUGAGGAAAUUAAAAAGCUCGUUGGAAUUCAAUCUGCGACAACAAGAGUUUAUCGAGCUCGUCCGCCAAGGAAUGAGGGUGGAAGCGAUCAAGCAUGCUCGUAAAUAUUUUUCGAACAUCGAAGAGGAUCAUCUGAAAGAGGUUCAGCACGUGAUGGGUUUAUUAGCCUUUCCUUUGUACACUCAGGUUCAUCCUUACAAAGAUUAUUUUGAUGAAGGCCGUUGGAAUAAGUUAGUUCUGCAGUUUCGACAAGAUAACUUCAAACUCUAUCAGUUGAGUAACGUGUCCGUUUUUUCGGUGUCUCUCCAAGCUGGUUUGUCCGCUUUAAAGACUCCUAUCUGUUAUAAGUCGGAGGGAGAGAGGAAUCCCGAUUGUCCAGUCUGUGGUGCGGCCUUAAAUACUUUAGCCCAAAAUUUACCAUAUUCCCAUUGCUCACAAUCACGAUUAGUCUGCUAUAUUUCUGGAGAGCCUUUAAAUGAGCAUAAUCAUCCUCUUAUGCUGCCCAAUGGAUAUGUUUAUGGUGAAUUAUCCCUGAAACUAAUGGCGGCAGAAAAUAACGGCAAAGUAACCUGUCCUCGUACUAAGGAAAUAUUUGACAUCAAAGAAGCUGAAAAGAUUUUUGUUAUGUAAUUAGUUCUGUAUAAUAAAAACACAUAGACCUAUCACAUAAAUUUUUUUUAUUGUUUGGUUUGGGAUUUUAAGUAUUGAAAUUUUUUUAAAUUAUUGAGGUUUGGUUUUCCAUAUUAUGAUCAACAUUAAAAUUGCUAAGUCAUGAUUUCCAGGCAGUGGUUCACAAGAAAUUAAAAGAAGAAAAAGAAACAUCUAAGAGGGAUUUCAACUUGAAGGGUAAAACUCGUAGCCACCCCUGGGCAAAUCUAAAUUUUUUUUAGAAAAAUUAGCUAAUCAAAUUAAUUCUGCACCUUGGCAAUAGCAGUUGCGCGACAGAUCACACUAUGAAGAUAUCCCUAAUGUGAAAAACAGUUCUAAUUUCUGAGCUGUUUUUAAAGUAUGAAAUUAAAUAAAGCUUUUUUACUAUUAUCAAAAUAAUAAAUGCACAGUGAAUUCAAAUUUGUUUUUGCAUUAUUAAUGUUUAGUUUCAUUAUUUUCACUAAAAUAGAAUGUUAAAUUAAAAAUAAGUAUAAAAUAUUGCGUUCUAAUAUUCUUUUGUCGUGAAAACUUAUUUUUCUUUUACAUAUUUGGACCACUUUCUUUUACAUUUUUUUAUUAUAAUAAUUAUGAACACUGACUUUAAUUUGCUUUAAAAUUUCAAGGAAGAAUUUUCGGUAAAAGUUCUAUUGCGAAAAAAAAAAAAUCUGUUGGUUGGUCACUUAUAAUCCUAAUAUUUAGGCAUUAAUAAACUUUCAAUUAAUGAGAACUUUUAUUUCAAAGGAUUUAUUUUUUGAGAUUUGAUUAUGUUAAUUACCUGAUUUCUCUGUAGAUUAAACCGAAUAAGAACUUAAAUGAAACCGAUUAAGAAAAAAUUUAUAAUUUGAAAGAAAUAUCCCUAAAUGGGAUGAAAAUUUUAUUAGGUACUAACUACAUUUUUUCAAAAUAAAAUAUUUUUUUCUUUCAUAAGUACAUCAAUAUAUGUUUUAUCAAACUCUGACAAAAUAAACUUUUGAUGUAGAAUAUAUAUAUUUUUUUUUACUUAAAUAUCAUUUCAAGGUCUAAUUUUGCUUGUUAUUUAAUCCUACAAGCUUUAUAUACUGAAUAAAGUUUUAGUGAAUUACUUGUUAAAUAUAUAUAUUUAUUCAAUGUGUAUCUAAUUUUAUGUAUACUAUGUAAUUAAUAAUAAAAUGUUUAUUGACAUUG